AUGGUCGUCUGCAAAUACUUCUUGCAGGGAAACUGCAAAUUUGGUGCAAAUUGUCGGAACGAGCAUCCGGGAGGAGGCUUUGCAAACCAGAACAGAUUUGGCGCUCUCUCGGGUAACAGAUUUGGCGGAAGCGGCGGAGGCAGCAAUGCCCGGAGAGAUGCGUGGCAGUUCAACCAGGACGAGAUCCCAAAUGACCUUGCAGCUGGGAAGGGCCGGCCAAAGUGGAUUCUUUCCGCAUAUGGCCCGGGCAGGAAUUCUCCAGCUUCGCUCUUGUUAGAGAAUGAAUUCAGCCCCGAAGAGGUGCGCGUGAGGUUCUACGAGUUUGCAAGCCAGGGGAAGGAAAACGAGGCCGAUCAGGAAGCCAUCGCCCUGUGGAAUAAGGCCGAACAAAGCAUCGACCAGAUCCUGAACAACGCGCGCGAUGUCGAGAGAUUUGUCCUGGACGCGGAGAAGAAGCACCCCAACAGAGACGACUUUCUACGGAUGGAUGGGACGAAGCCGCUGGAUCAAUUUAUCAAGGAAUUUGAGUCGCAAUCUGCUGGUUCGAAUCCAUUCAGUGGCGGUACCAGCAGCGGGUUUGGCCAGGGCUCGACAACAAGCCCGUUCGCGAAGCCCGCUGCAUCGUCAUUUGGCCAGUCCACCCAAGCCUCCGGUUUUGGUACUUCUCCCUUCGGAAAACCAGCAUUUGGGCAGAGUGGCUUUGGGGCAGGAAGCUCAACAGGCAGUCCCUUCGGAAAGCCUGCAAGUGGAGGUGGAUUUGGAGCAGGAGCAUCAUCAUCAAGCCCCUUUGCAAAACCGGCUUUCGGGAGCCCUGGGUUCGGGCAGUCGACUUUUGGACAACCCUCGCAACCAGCAUCCACCUUUGGGCAACCAUCACAGCCAACAUCAGCAUUUGGCCAACCUCCGCAGACCAGCUCUGCAUUCGGCCAGCCGUCUCAGCCGUCUUCUGGAUUUGGUCAGCCGGCAUUUGGGUCUUCAGGCUUUGGGUCGAACCCCCAGAAGAACCCCUUUGCGCCAGCGUCCGCAUCAAGUGGUUUCGGUCAGUCUCCCUCAGCGUUCGGGCAACCCUCUUCGCAGGGCUCUACAUUCGGACAGCCCUCACAGCCUACGUCGACCUUUGGGCAACCCAGCCAGCCCUCUUCGACAUUCGGACAACCCAGUCAACCUUCUUCAGCUUUCGGCCAGCCUAGUCAGCCUUCUUCCGCCUUUGGACAACCAUCGCAGCCCACAUCUACCUUUGGCCAGCCAUCAGCGUUCGGUAAACCGGCAUUUGGGCAACCAGCUUCAGCAUUCGGACAGCCACCGCAACCUACCUCUAGCUUCGGCCAAGCACCUGCGUCCACGGCCUCACCAUUCGGCCAGGCCGCAUCCAGUUCAGCUGGCUUUGGUCAGGGCGCGGCUCCGGCAUUCGGGCAGGCUACCACUCCAGCGAACCCUUUCGCUCCUAAGACUGCAGAGGUUCAGCCCAAGGACGAGAACAUGGACACCAAUACCCCUGCACCUUCACGUCCUGCGUCUCGGGCGAAUCCUUUCGAAACCACUUCUGCACCAUCUACCGCGCCUCAGCCGCCUCAAGCAGCCCCCGCAGCGUCCCAACCUCCCCCAAUCGCGAAACCCAUCAUCAACACCUCGACCACUCCUCAUCCACUCAUCAACCGGCCUCCCCACGCCGUGCACUACACCCAGACGCUCCCGCUGCUGCCCACGCAGAAGGACGUCUCGGGUCGCGUCAUCUCCUACCGCGGCCAGCGCGUCGAAUACGUCAACUCCAUACCCUGCUAUCGACGCCCGGACGGCCAAGGCCUGGAAAAGAUCUGGUUUCCGGACGCCGGAGCCACGCCCGAUGUGGUGGCAUUGAACAGAGAGGACAAGAUCGAGGACAGUGAAGGCUCCAAGGAGGAGUAUACCGCCGACGUUGUGGAUCGCUUUAGGCAUUUAUUCUCCGAAGGGAAGUUCCUCGACGGCAAGAUUCCCCUGGUGCCGCCGUUGAGAGAAUGGGGGAUUUACGACUUCUGA